GUCUCUCCCUGUGAUGCCUGCCCAGUGAUGCCCACCUUCUCACGGGAUAGCGGUGAAGUCGGGGCCUGCCUGUCGGGGAGGAUAGGAGCUACUUUUACAAAGUCUGAUGGAAUAAGGUUGCUGUGGAAGUUGAAGACGGGAUUCCAUGUCGUAGUGGAUACCUCAAGAGGGAGAGAAUUGCUGGUCAUGGCCAAUCAUAGAUUUAUCCUCUAUCUUUAGGAAUGAAGGGACGCUAGGCUGCCAGCCUGCCCUGCUGGGAUGUUCAAGGCCAGCCAGGAAGCUGAGGGGUGCUCCCACUGCCCCUCCAACAGCCGAUCCCCUUCAGAGGCGUCUCCCAUCUGUACCUGCCGGACCGGCUAUUACCGAGCGGAUUUUGACCCCCCAGAAGUGGCAUGUACUAGUGUCCCGUCAGGUCCCCGCAAUGUCAUCUCCAUUGUCAAUGAGACAUCUAUCAUUCUGGAGUGGCAUCCGCCAAGGGAGACAGGCGGGCGGGAUGAUGUGACCUACAACAUCAUCUGUAGAAAGUGCCGGGCAGACCGUCGGAGCUGCUCCCGCUGUGACGACAACGUGGAGUUUGUACCCAGGCAGCUGGGCCUGACCGAGUGCCGUGUCUCCAUCAGCAGCCUGUGGGCCCACACCCCCUAUACCUUCGACAUCCAGGCCGUCAAUGGAGUCUCCAGCAAGAGCCCCUUCCCCCCACAGCAUGUCUCCGUCAACAUCACCACGAACCAAGCCGCCCCUUCCACUGUUCCCAUCAUGCACCAGGUCAGUGCCACCAUGAGGAGCAUCACCUUGUCAUGGCCACAGCCAGAGCAGCCCAAUGGCAUCAUCCUGGACUAUGAGAUCCGGUACUAUGAGAAGGAGCACAAUGAGUUCAACUCCUCCAUGGCCAGGAGCCAGACCAACACGGCGCGGAUUGACGGCCUACGGCCAGGCAUGGUGUAUGUGGUGCAAGUGCGUGCCCGCACGGUGGCGGGCUACGGCAAGUUCAGUGGCAAGAUGUGCUUCCAGACACUGACAGACGAUGACUACAAGUCUGAGCUGAGGGAGCAGCUGCCACUGAUUGCUGGCUCGGCAGCAGCCGGGGUCGUGUUCGUGGUGUCAUUGGUGGCCAUCUCCAUCGUCUGUAGCAGGAAACGGGCUUACAGCAAAGAGGCCGUGUACAGCGAUAAGCUGCAGCAUUACAGCACCGGCCGAGGCUCCCCAGGGAUGAAGAUCUACAUUGACCCCUUCACUUACGAGGACCCCAAUGAAGCUGUCCGGGAGUUUGCCAAGGAGAUUGAUGUAUCUUUUGUGAAAAUCGAAGAGGUCAUCGGAGCAGGGGAGUUUGGAGAAGUAUACAAGGGGCGUCUGAAACUUCCGGGCAAGAGGGAAAUCUAUGUGGCCAUCAAGACGUUGAAGGCCGGGUACUCAGAGAAGCAGCGUCGGGACUUCCUGAGCGAAGCAAGCAUCAUGGGCCAGUUUGACCAUCCCAACAUCAUCCGCCUGGAAGGCGUGGUCACCAAGAGUCGGCCUGUCAUGAUCAUCACAGAGUUCAUGGAGAACGGCGCUUUGGAUUCUUUCCUCAGGCAAAAUGAUGGGCAGUUCACGGUGAUCCAGCUGGUAGGGAUGCUCAGGGGCAUCGCCGCGGGCAUGAAGUACCUGGCUGAGAUGAACUACGUGCAUCGGGACCUGGCUGCUAGGAACAUCCUGGUCAACAGUAACCUGGUAUGCAAGGUGUCUGACUUUGGCCUUUCCCGCUACCUCCAGGAUGACACCUCAGACCCCACCUACACCAGCUCCUUGGGAGGGAAGAUCCCCGUGAGAUGGACAGCUCCAGAGGCCAUUGCCUACCGCAAGUUCACUUCUGCCAGCGAUGUCUGGAGCUACGGGAUCGUCAUGUGGGAAGUCAUGUCAUUUGGAGAGAGACCCUACUGGGAUAUGUCCAACCAAGAUGUCAUCAAUGCCAUUGAGCAGGACUACCGGCUGCCCCCACCCAUGGACUGUCCAGCUGCUCUACACCAGCUCAUGCUGGACUGUUGGCAGAAGGACCGUAACAGCCGGCCCCGCUUUGCGGAGAUUGUCAACACCCUGGACAAGAUGAUCCGGAACCCGGCAAGUCUCAAGACUGUGGCAACCAUCACCGCCGUGCCUUCCCAGCCCCUGCUAGACCGCUCCAUUCCAGACUUCACGGCCUUUACCACCGUGGAUGACUGGCUCAGUGCCAUCAAAAUGGUCCAGUACAGGGACAGCUUCCUCACUGCCGGCUUCACCUCCCUCCAGCUGGUCACCCAGAUGACAUCAGAAGACCUCCUGAGAAUAGGGGUCACCUUGGCAGGUCAUCAGAAGAAGAUCCUGAACAGCAUUCAUUCUAUGAGGGUCCAGAUGAGUCAGUCACCAACGGCAAUGGCAUGAGAACUCUCAUUUUCUGGGGGGAGGAGAGGAAGGAAAAGGACCAUGCUCAAGAGGGAACCAGAGGUUGACCACUGUGGAAUGUUCUGGAAAGAGUGGCUUCUUAGCUAAGAAAUGCAUUACAUCAGUGAAGAAGAGACUGGACCUGUUCUUAAUAGGCAAUCUUCAUUUCUGAGUGACAGAAGCAUGUAUAAGAUGCCAUGGGAAACCAAAACAUAAUAAUAAAAAUAUGAAAGGGUGAUGUUCGACAGAAGUGAAGACAAAACAGUAUGCAUCGGGGCAACCAAGAGUAAACUCCGCUCCCACUCGGGGCUGGAGUCACCGAUCCACAGGAAGAAAGGGAAGGAGGUAGAGGGAAGAAACAGAGGCAGUUUUCCAUUUUCUUCCUCACCAAUGACAUUCUUUUCUUUUCUCCUUUUGUACUCCUCCCCACGAGCCCUCUCCCUUCUCCCACAUCCAUUUCCCUUUGCUCAUGACUCGUGUAGGGAAGUUUCUUCAAACAAACCCCGGCUCCUGAGUCUCCAGAUGUCGUUCUGUCAGUUGCCAAAGGACUUUGCUGACCACUGCAUGGGGGAUCCAACCAAUUCAAUUAAUGUCUUCAUAUUGAAGAAGAGAUGUACCUUCAAUUGAAAACCUUGUUUUUCUUUUGUUUGCAUUUUCUGCAAAAAGGAAAAAGAAACCACAAAUUGGAAAAAAAAAAAAAAAAGAAAAACCUGUUUCCGUGUGCAGGAG